AUGGCUCCUACCCCAGCAGACUUAACCCCAGAAGCCCCCUCCCCCACCCCCACGGGCUCUCUAAAAUCCCACCCACAAACAACCUACUGGACAAAAGCAAACAUAAUCUCCACCACAAUCUUCAUCAUAAUCUGCGUCCUCCUCCUCGCCGGCGCCCUCGCCCUCUUCCUCUGCCGGCGCCGCCAGACAAAAAAGCUCGCCGCACAAAAACCCGACGCCGCCGCCCUCCUCCCUGACAAAGACAAGGCAAACAUGUUCAGCCGCGACCGCGCCAGCAGCGUAACCCUCUACGUCGACUCCGACGCCGACGACCGCAGAAAGCGCGCAAGCACCGAUACUAUGCGUCUCGUCCCCCUGCACAUUACCCCCGUGGAGGAGCACCAUGAUCCAAUUGCAGACCUUCAUGCGGGUCCCGGGCGUGCUGUGACUACUGAUCGUGCCGUCAGUGUCGGAAGCAGUGUUAGUGCGGUUAGUAGUAGAGCAUCGCAGGGUUCGGUGCUAUUGAGUCCGGUCGUGCAGGGUGAGGAUGCGGAUGCUGCACUGAGGAGUGUGGGUCGCCCGAGGAGUACGAGUACGGCGUCGACAAGGUCGAGGUAUUAUGAGAGGGCUGAUAUUGGGGAGAUGCCGGAGGUGCCCAGGAUUGUGCAUACGGCUGCAUAG